CACACCAUGGUGUGUUUUGACGCGGAUGCAGCGCAGUAGCUCCUGCAAGUGAAGAGUAAGGAGUUGUUUGGUACUUCCAAAGAGGAUUUCUAUCGUCGAACAUCUCUGAACAGUGGCGUCGGCUGCGGCAUCGCCAUGCCCACGCUACGAGAAAAAAUCGCAGGAUUAUUAAGGCAGAUACCACCUCACACGGAUAAUUCCAAAAUCGAGAAUCUUCAGGCUGGAGUGUCAUCCCAAGCCGGCUCUACGCCCCAGGAAUCUUUCAUUCAGAAAUAUUUGAAUGGACAACUCAAGCGAAAUCAGCCGGAAAUAAUAUUUGGAAAAUGCUGUUAUGACUUGCCAAUGAAAAAAGUUGCUAAAUUAUCAAAAGUAGUUCUUGCUGCACACACCGGACCAGCGGGAGGUUUAACUCAAGUAAACAGAAAACAGAAACCUUUUGAGUAUCUUGAUUUAGACGUUGACUUUAUAGAUGAAGACUAUGAAGGAAGUUCUGAGAACAUAAACAAGCUGAAUAUUGAAGAAUCAAAUGCUGUUGAGAACAAAGAAAAGAUAAAUGAACAAGCACCUGUUAAUGAAAAAAUCACAUCAGUUGCUCAAGAUUUUCCAGAUGAAAUUGCUGGAAUUAAAAACUGGAAUCAACCAGAUGAAAGAGCCUACGGAACUGCAACAUCUUUAUACGAAAAGCAUCCUGUAACAAAUGCCAAUGCAGGGGAGCCAGUUGCAGACGCUUUUGCUGUUUGUUUGCGUGAAAACAGUGCAGUUCUGGUUCUAGCUGAUGGUGUCAAUUGGGGUGAGAAGUCCUGCCUUGCUGCAAGAUGCGCUGUCCAUGGUUGCAUGGAUUACUUGAACAAUGCGUUGUACAGAGAAGGUGGAAGGAUAGAGACAACUAUGGAUAUAUUCGUCUGUCUUCUCCGUUCAUUUCACGCUGCUCACAAUUUAAUCCUGCAAGAAGAAGGUAACUUAACAACACUUUGUGCAGCUGUUGUCUGCCAGUUAAGGAAUUCUGACAAAUUUAUUGUUUGUACAUGCAAUGUUGGUGACAGCUUAGCAUAUGUUUACAGUCAAAAACAUGGAGUUAGAGAAAUAACUCAAGGUUCCCAUGAUAUUAAUUCCAUGAGAGACAUGCGUGAUGCAUUGGGUGCUUUAGGACCAGUAGAUGGAGUUAAUCCCGAGCUAAAUAAUCUGACUGUUUCGAUGACCAUAGUGGAACAGGGUGAUUACCUCUUUUUAUGCAGUGAUGGAAUUUCUGAUAAUUUUGAUCCUGUUGUUGGGAAAUUUGCAAUUCCCAAAAGGCCAGAAAAAGUUCAUCGCAAAGCUUCUGAUGUCGGAAAACCGGAUUCGUCCAAGCACAGCAAUGGAAGUGUUAAAAGACAAAACAGCAACAGUCAGGAAGUUACUGUGAAAAGACAGAAUAGCAAACUGGAAUCAAUGCUAAGGAGGCAGAGCAACAGUUCUGCAGAUACAGUCAAUAAGCGUUCCAGUGUUGGAGCUCCAGAGCCUUCACUUCCGGUUGUUGAGGCUCAUCAGAGGCAUCAGCUUACACUAUUAAGAAUGGAAGAUCUUUUGAACAAUGGACAAAAUGACAAUGACAAAGCUUGUGAUUCAGCUCAGAAGUUGUGUGAUAUUUUGAUCGAUUUUGCAAUGAAGUUAACUGUUGCAAAACGUAAAAUUCUAGAAGAUCCUGAAUUAUAUCAGAAUGGUGAGCCUGAUUCUCAGCAAGAACAGAGAUCUCGUCGAAGAAAGGUAGGAGACAAGUUGUGUACUGUACCCGGAAAAUUAGAUCAUGCUUCUGUUGUUGCUUGCCGUAUUGGAAACUAUAAACCUCAUUCACCAGUAAGAAGAAACAGGGAUUCCAGUAAAUCACACUCAAAAUCACCUGUUGCAUCAAGCAACAAAUCCAAGUCUUCUGGACAUCAUCACCAUCACAGCCGUCACCACCACCACCAUCAUCAUCAAUCGAAUGUGGCUAAUAACAACAAUAAUAAUAUUAAUGCAAAAGUUUCUAGAGGUAUGAAAACUGAGGAUCAUGCUCAACAUUUUGAAUCCAGUAUUUAAACAAGUAGACUAGAUUUAAAUAUUUCUUUUCACUGCCGCCCUAUCUCUUUUUGUUUCGUUCCAUAUACAGUGAUCUCAGUAUGGACAAUAUACAUCCAUAUGUGAUGAUUAAUAUUUUGAAUGGUAUUUAGUCAUGUGAUCUGUGGACAAUUUGAACUUAACCAUAUUUUUUUUUAUCUCUAUAGAAUACUUUCAGAACAUUUAGAGAUAUUCGUGCUUAUUUGUGGAGCAGGGAUUCCACAUGGAUACAUUUGGGUAGCUUUCAAAAGAUAAAACCAUUCCUGUUGUAUCUUUUUUAUGUAAAUGCUAACCAUAUAUAUUAUUCUACUUCAUACAAUCUGUAUUAGCUAAAAUAUAUUUAUUAUAGUUAUCAUUCCUUAUUGAUUGCAUGAUACUAUGUAAAACUGUACGAUAAAAUUUCAGUGGCAUUCUCUUUUAUAGUUUUUAUUUUUUCUAUGUAACUUAUUAGUUUUUAUCAUUUUCAACUUUUUUAGACUUCUGCAUAUUUCAUGAGAGUGUUAUUUUUAUCAUAAUUUAUUAAUAGAUUAUAAAGGAAAAAACUAGAACUUUCAUUAACUUAGCUAAAUUUUUCAAUAAUAAAUAAAUAUAUUUAUUAUUAUCCUACUACAUAGAAAAAUCCAGCAUUUUUAUGCAUAUGAAUGAAAUGCUGUAUGUUAAAAAGUUAGUAAAAAAAAUAGUAUCUUUGAUAUGUAAUUUAUUGUAGCAGUUACUCUAAAAAUAUAUUUAACUACAUUUUGCUUAAUAAACUGAAAAUUCAAAAUGUGUCAAUGAAAGUAAAAAAUGUAUGAAGGAAUUGAAUUUAAGAAUACAGAUGAUCUAUAUGGCACCCAAUUCAAUGCUAAUGAAUUUCUUGCUAAUAAAAUUUACAUCAGGUUUCAAAAACUUAAUAAAUAGACUAUGAAUAUGUUGUAGUGAAAUGUAUUCUAAACCCAAGAUAUUACUUUUCACUUAUGCUUAUUUAGCUCUCUCAUCUGCAUUAAAUUUUAUUAGAGUAACUAAUUACAACUAACAUGGAGAGGUUAAUAGUAUUGUAAUGAUUAAAUGCAGAAUGUUACUUAAACUUGAAUCUGCUGCAAGAUACUGAACCUGAAUCUUUAGCGAUAGAUAAUUUUUAAUGUAUGAAAUAUAAGCUGACCUUAAAUAUUUUUGUUUCAUGUAAGCCCAUGAAAUAAAAAUUGCAGUAAAGAUUUUCUCUGUGUAAAUAUUUAAGUUGAAUGUGUUUUAUUUUUAUGUUGACGUAGUAAGUGCAUGCAUACUUACCAAUAAGCAGUAUGCUGUUGCAUAUUGUGAACUUUUUUGGUAUAAAGAACAAACAGAACACAUUUAAAAUGAUGUAAGUGCAAAUAGUAAAUGAAUAUACAAUAAAUAUUCAUAUGUAUGCAUAUUAAAUAAUAUACAUACAAGUGAAAAAAACUUA